CGCAUUUAAUCCAAUUUAAAUUUAGAGCACAUGUAAAUAAAUAUGAAAUACGUGUUUUUUUACAAUUUUGUAAUAUUUCUACUUUAAUUGUCGGAUUGCAGUAAAAAUUAGAUUUUGUUAAGUUGGAGAAAGCAGAACAAUUUAUUAUCAAGUUUGAUUGAUUUCCUGAUUUUCGACAUGGAAGCACGGGUAGAAUAUAUAUCUGCGGUGUGUAAUUGCACCUAUAACUGCUUGGAGGUGACAGAUUCUUUUGUGCUUUUUGGAACCAACAAGGCUCUUGCGAUUUACGAUUUGGAUGAGGAGAAAGUAACGUCAACCUAUUUUUGCCAUGAAGGGAGGGUUAACUGCGUUCGAUUCGUGAAAACCGUUUCACAGCCAUUCGAGUUUGUCGUUAGUUGCUGCGCCGGUGGACGGCUAAUUCUUCUGGAAAAUUGUGAAACACCAAGUUCUAAGAAGGAUGUUUUCAAAUACAAACCGUUAGUUACCCAGCAAGUGAAUGGACGCUGUAAUACGGUCUGCGAUGGAAUACAACUUGAAGAUGGGACUUUUAUUUUGGGGUGCAUUACAGCUGAAUCUGAAAUUUUCAUGUAUUCAACGAAUCAGACGGGCUCGGAAUUGGUACUCCUGCAAGAAAUUCGCCUUAAUAGAUCACUGGCGAACGAUUUGGCAUUCCAUGCCUUUGAAGAUGGAAAUAUUAUCCUAGCACUUGCAAUGGACACGGGGGCAGUUGCUUUAUAUGACUUGGAUAAGAGUAAUUGUACAGAUAAUUUGUUCAAGUUCGUGCCUGUGUUAACUUUACAAAAACAUGAGGACUGGGUCAGAUGUCUGGAUUUUGUGACAUUGGAAACUGGCGAUACCUUAUUGGCAACUGGAGGGCAAGAUUCGUUUAUCGCUGUGUGGAAAUUUUCCAAGUCGAAAUCAGACCAAAGCAGUUUUGAAUUCCAAGUACAUCAGUACAAAGACUAUAACGUUGUAUUUGACUCGAUGAUUAUCGGCCACGAAGGCUGGAUUAACUCGUUGCAUUGGAACUUUGAAGGGGAACUAUUAUCAUGUUCCAGUGACCAAUCCAUAAUCAUUUGGGAAAAUUUGGGCGACAUUUGGAUGGAAAAAGAUAGACUAGGAGUAACUGGUGGGAUGGUACCUGGCGGAUGCUGCGCAAAAUAUUUCAGUAAUCGAGUUGUUAGCUCAGGAUUUCAAGGCGCUGUUCAAAUUUGGAAUUAUGUCGAGUCACAAUGGCAGCUUCGACCAAGCAUUACAGGUCACUUUCGUCCAAUUUCUGACAUGGAUUAUGACUGCCACGGUAAUUAUGUUGUAACCACGAGUGAAGACCAAACCACUCGGAUCCACGCCCCUUGGGGAAAAACUCGUUGGCAUGAAAUAUCUCGACCUCAGAUUCACGGUCAUGAUUUAUUCGCCUGUCGAACUAUAGGAGAAAUGAUAGUUAGUGGGGCAGAGGAAAAAAUUUUGAGGGCGUUCCAGCCAACGGAAAUAUUUUACACAAAUUUGCAAGACGCGAGUGGGAUUCGAGUGGAACAUGCAAAUGCUGCAAAAGCCGCUUUCUUGCCUUCUUUGGGAUUGUCUAACAUAACCGAGGACACUCAAACUGCUGCCAUUUCGUUGGAUCUUCCUCUGGAAAGCAGACUGGAUGAAGACUUUAUUCGAUCGCAAACUCUUUGGUUGGAAGUGUCAAAGUUAUACGGCCAUGUGUUUGAAAUUGCAUGCAUUGCUACAUCUCCGGUUGAUCCGCUGAUUGCAAGUGCUUCACAGGCGACAAAGCAUCAAUUUGCAGCAAUUAUUUUAUGGUGCUCAAAACGAUGGAAAAAUCUGGGAGAAUUUCCGCACCAUAAACUUAACGUUACUGGAAUGGAAUUUAGUCCUGACGGGUCUCGCCUCUUAUCAGUAUCACGUGACCGGACAUGGGUAGUUUGGAAAGUUAUGAAAACAGAGGCAGAUGAUUUUAAAAUUGAAAUGAUUGACAAUGGUUCAAUUCACACUCGUGCACUUUGGGUUGGGACUUGGAGCCCAAGGAGUAAUUUCUUUGUCACUGGAGCUCGGGACAAGAAAUUAAUAAUUUGGGGCUGCACCAACAAAGAUGGGAACGAGAAAUACGAGCCUGCUAUUACGGAGACAUUUUCUUCUUCGGUUUCUGGAGCUGCCGUAAAUUCUGACAAUGUGAUUGCGAUUGGUCUUGAAACUGGGGAGGUAGAACUAUUCCAAUAUGAUCAAGAUAAUUCUAGUUUUAAAAAUGUGCUGAAAUUAGAUUGCAGUUAUGCUCAUCAUGACACGGUGAAACGGCUGAGGUUCAAUCCCUCAAAAAAAUCCCAACUAGCGUCAGCAGGGGCAGACAAUAUAUUUAAAAUAUUUGAAAUAGCAAAUAGUGGCACGAUUCAGAUUAUAUAAGUAUUUGUGCUAACAUCAUAUACCUAAAAAUACUUUCUAUAAUAAAUAGUUAUAAAUAUGUAUUUAUAGUGCACCUUAAAAUAAAACUUUGUAUACCGUUUUAAACUCUCCA